GGAUUUCACAAUGGGCUCCAUCAGUGCAGCAAAUGCAGAAUUUUGUUUUGACGUAUUCAAAGAGGUGAAAUUCCACCGCAGCAAUGACAACGUGCUAUUUUCCUCCUUGAGCAUGCUUUCAACCCUGGCUAUGGUGUAUAUGGGAGCAAGGGGUAAGACUCAAUCCCAGAUGGAGAAGGUUCUUCACUUUGAUAAUGUUACAGGAGAUGGAGAUCUUUCUGACCCCCAGUGUGGCACUGCUGAGUACAUCCACAGAUCAUUCAAGGAUCUCCUCUCAGAUGUCAGCAGGCAAAAUGCUACUUACUCACUCAGGAUUGCUGACAGACUUUACAUUGAAAAAACAUACCCUAUUCUUCAGGAAUACAUAAAGUGUGCAAAGAAAUCCUACAAAGCAGAGCUGGAAGAAGUUGACUUCAAAACAGCUGCAGAGGAAGCAAGACAGCUCAUCAAUUCCUGGGUUGAGAAAGAGACAAAUGGACGGAUCCAAGACAUCCUUGUGUCAGACUCUGUUGAUCUCAAUACCGUGCUGGUCUUUGUGAAUGUCAUUUACUUCAAAGGGAUAUGGAAAACUGCAUUUAAAGAAGAACACACUCGGGAAGAGCCUUUCAACAUGACCGAGCAAGAGAGCAGACCCGUGCAAAUGAUGUGUCAGAACGGCACCUUCAGAGUGGCAAGAGUGGCUGAAGACAAAAUUAAGGUCCUGGAGCUUCCAUAUGCCAGCGGAGAGAUGAGCCUGCUGGUGAUGCUGCCUGAUGACAUUUCUGGCCUGGCACAGCUUGAGAAUAAAAUCAGCUAUGAAAAACUCCUGGAAUGGACCAGUCCCAAGGUGCUGGAAAAGAAGAAGGUGAAAGUGUACCUCCCACGCAUGAAGAUUGAGGAGAAAUAUAACCUCACAUCUGUCCUGACAUCCUUGGGUAUGACUGACCUGUUCAGCCCCUCGGCCAACCUCUCUGGCAUCUCUUCAGCAGAGGGCCUGAGGGUAUCUGAGGCUGUCCACAAGGCAUACAUGGAAGUCACUGAAGAGGGCACUGAGGCAGGUGGCUCAGAGGAUGUGACUGGGGACAUCCAACAUUCCUCUGAAUUUGAAGAGUUUAGGGCUGACCACCCAUUCCUUUUCUUGAUCAAACACAAUCCAAGUGACAUGAUCCUCCUCUUUGGUAGAUAUUGUUCUCCCUAAGGAGAAAAAGGGUUGGAAAUAAUGCUUGCCUACCCCUAAGAAACAGACCUCCUUUAUUCUAGUACUGUAGUAUUAUCUCAUCUCUUCACUAUCUUUAGGUGGAAAGCCAUUAAUACCUAGGGAGAUAUUCCUGAAGAAAUGUGUGACUUUUCAGAUCUUUGGGUGCAGAUAUUUCUGCUUACACAAGUUGUACUUAGGACCUAUAUCCAGGAAUAAAUGAGAACUUCAAGAGGUAGCUUAGAAGUAUUUUCCAUUGGGAUUGAAUAACUUGAGAUUCAGGACCAGUGUUUUGAUUCUUGUGAGAAAUUCUGAUAUUGAGAGUCUGGUUUUUCUACAGGAGUUCUCUGAAAUAAACACGGCUUUUAGAAUAAUCCUGUUCCCCUCUGUUAAACUUGUUGGGCAACCAUCCUUGAAUUGAUGCCUAGACAACUUGCAGAUGAAAUUCUUAAUUUCAGCAAAUCAUUCUUCUUUGAGUAAUGCAUUUGUGCUUCUUUGUUCUGCACAUACUGUAAGGCUAAGUUGUUGUUCUGAGGGGGCAUACAGAAGGUUUACCAUUUCUUCUUAAAUCAUCAUCUCCAAAGACAACACCUUCCUGACUGAUACAAUUUACCAUCUUCAUUCCUGUGAUAUGUCAUUGAUUUUGUGAAUGUCAAUUGUUGGUCCUUCUAUUUAUUCUAAUAAAAGCAUUGCAAACUAAA